GUGUGGUGAUUAGCUUGCUCGGGGACAUUCUUGGACAAAUGUGCCCACAGCGGCGUCAGCUGGGAACUUCCACACCGCGCCGUGAGACACACUUUUAGCCCUCCUUUACACCUUCUAGUCUGCUCGUCGUUUGACAACAGCCCGGCGGGACACGGGAGCACAAGAAGCGGGGGGAAAUAAGGCAGAUCCAGGGGUGUGGCCACGGGUGUUUUGACACCAGAGUCUCUGAGAGAAGUCACGGCAGCUGCAGGAGGUCGCUGGCUCCGCUGAUCUCCGGUGUCUGCCGUUGAAGCAGGUGUGUUUUCCUGGCGCGUGACCCCAACACAUCCCAGGAACUAUGAGCGAGCUGGAACAGUUGCUGCAGGAGGCCGAGCAGCUCCGCAGUCACAUCCGGGAUGCCAGGAAGGCGUGCAGCGACUCCACUUUGUCACAGAUCACAGCUGGCCUGGGCCCGGUGAACAAGAUACAGAUGCGGACCCGGCGCACUCUGAGGGGCCACCUGGCCAAGAUCUAUGCAAUGCACUGGGGGAGUAACUCCAGGCUCCUGGUCAGCGCCUCGCAGGAUGGGAAGCUGAUCAUCUGGGACAGCCACACCACCAACAAGCUCCACGCCAUCCCGCUGCGAUCCUCCUGGGUGAUGACGUGUGCCUACGCCCCCUCCAGCAACUUUGUGGCCUGCGGAGGUCUGGACAACAUCUGCUCCAUCUACAGCCUGAGAACCCCCGAGGGCAGCGUGCACAUCACCCGGGAGCUGGCAGGACACACAGGUUAUUUGUCCUGCUGCCGCUUCCUGAAUGACGGUCAGAUCCUGAGCAGUUCUGGAGACACCACCUGUGCAUUGUGGGACAUUGAGACGGGCCAGCAGGUGACAUCAUUCAGCGGCCACACGGGGGACGUGAUGAGCUUGUCCCUCAGCCCGGACUGCAGGACCUUUGUGUCCGGCGCCUGCGACAACGCCUCCAAGCUGUGGGACAUCCGUGACGGCAUGUGCAGGCAGUCUUUCAGUGGACACACCUUCGACAUCAACGCUGUCUGCUUCUUCCCCAACGGACAAGCCUUUGGCACGGGCUCCGACGACGCCACCUGCCGUUUGUUCGACCUGCGCGCCGACCAGGAGCUGAUGAAGUACGGCCACGACAACAUCGUCUGCGGCAUCACGUCCGUGUCCUUCUCCAAGAGCGGCCGUCUGCUGCUGGCCGGCUACGACGACUUCAACUGCAACGUGUGGGACACUCUGAGAGGAGACCGUGCAGGCGUGCUGGCGGGACACGACAACAGAAUCAGCUGCUUGGGCGUGACGGACGACGGCAAGGCGGUGGCCACCGGCUCCUGGGACAGUUUCCUGCGCAUCUGGAACUGAACACUACAUUCUCUUUUAACACAGUGAGGACGCCUUUACUUUGAAAGUCUUCAUCCUCUUCUACUAGGAUGUCAUUUGUACGUGUGGACAUAACCAUGUGUUAUAGUAUUGUGUGUGUUUGCAUAAUCACUCGACUGCAAACACACAAGUGUCACAUCAUUUGAGUCCUGACUACCAAACAUCACUUUUUUUUUUUUACGUGGGAGUUAUGCCGACAACUUCAGUCAAGAAAAACGUGUCAGCAAAAUGAACAAUUCAGUUUGUUCAAUUUAAUGUUUACAAUUCACUGUCAAACAAGGCAGUGUAAAAUAAAUUACUAUACUAAACAUUGUUGAAAGUGUUUUAAAUUCAGUGUAAAAUAAAUCACUGUCUAAAGAUUUAGUGUAAAUAAAUUGUAAAACAAUUCAGUGGAAAGAAAAAUGUGUUUAAAAAUUUUGGGUAAAAAAAAUCUGUGUCAAAAAAUUUGUUGCAGAGAAAUUUUGUGGGGAAAAAUCAGUUUGUUGAAAUGAAUGUUUAAAUUCAGUGAAAAAAAAAUGUAGUACAGAAAAAUUGUGUCUAAAAGUAAACAAUCAGUGUAAAAAAGUUAGAGCAGUUUUAAAUUCAGUGUAAAGAAAAAUGUGUGAAAAAAAUUGCAUAAAAAUUCUGUGUAAAAAAAAUUGUUGCAGAAACAUUUUGUGGGGGAAAUCAGUUGGUAGAAAUGUUUAAAUUUAGUGUAAAAAAAUGUAGAACAGAAUAAUUGUGUCUAAAAAAUGUUUUGCAGAAAAAUCCCGUGCCUAAAGUAAACAGUGUAAAAAAGUUAGAACACUUUUAAAUUCAGUGUAAAAUAACUCACUGUCUUAAGAUUUAGUGUAAAUAAAUUGUAAAACAAUUCAGUGUAAAGAAAAGUGUUUAAAAAUGUUGGGUAAAAAAAUAUAUUGCAUAAAAAAUUCUGUGUAAAAAAAAAUUGGCGCAGAGAAAUUUUGUGGGGAAAAAUCAGUUUGUUGAAAUGAAUGUUUAAAUUCAGUGUAAAAAAAAAUGGAGUACAGAAAAAUUGUGUCUAAAGUAAACAGUGUAAAAGAGUUAGGACAGUUUUAAAUUCAGUGUAAAGAAAUUGUAAAACUAUUAAGUGUAAAGAAAAAUGUGUAAAAAAAAAAUUGCAUAGAAAUUCUGUGUAAAAAAAUUGUUGCAGAAACAUUUCGAGGGGGAAAUCAGUUGGUAGAAAUGUUUAAAUUCAAUGUAAAAAAAUGUAGAACAGAAUAAUUAAAACUAAAAAAUGUUUUGCAGAAAAAUUCAGUGCCUAAAGUAAACAAUCAGUGUAAAAAAGUUAGAACGGUUUUAAAUUCAGUGUAAAGAAAUUGUAAAACUAAGUGUAAAGAAAAAUUAGUAAAAAUGUGUGUAAAAAAAUUGCAUAGAAAUUCUGUGUAAAAAAAAUUGUUGCAGAAACAUUUUGUGGGGGAAAUCAGUUGGUAGAAAUGUUUAAAUUCAGUGUAAAAAAAUGUAGAACAGAAUAAUUGUGUCUAAAAAAUGUUUUGCAGAAAAAUUCAGUGCCUAAAGUAAACAGUGGAAAAAAGUUACAACACUUUUAAAUUCAGUGUAAAAUAAAUCACUGUUUAUAAAUUCAGUGUAAAGAAAUUGUAAAACCAUUCAGUGUAAAGGGAAAUGUGUCAAAAAAUACAGUGCAAAAUUUUUUUUAAUAAUUGCAUAAAUUUCUGUAUAAAAAAAGAUUGUGGGGGAAAAAUAGGUUUGUAGAAAUGAAAUGUUUAAAUUCAGUGUAAAAUAAAGUUCUAUAGAAAAAUAGUUUCUAAAAAUGUUUUGCAGAAAAAUUCAGUGUCUAAAGUAAACAGUGUAAAAAAAAAAAAAUGUUCCAACGGUGUUUUAAAUUCAGUGUAAAAUAAAUCACUGUUGAGAAAUUCACUGUAAAGAAAUUGUAAAACAAUUCGGUGUAAAAAAUGUGUCCAAAAAUUCAGUGUAAAAAAAAUGUUGCAAAAAAAAUCAGUUUAAAAAUCACUGUAUAAAAAAAUCAGUGUAAAAAAGUUGUUGCAGAAAAAUCAGUUUGUUGAAUGAAGUGUUUACACAGAUUUUAUUUUGCACUGAAUUUAAAGAAAUUUGGUGGAAAGAAAUAUUCAGCGCAGAAAAAUUCAGUGUAAAAAAAAUGGUGCAUAAAAAGCUUGUAAAAAAAUUAUGUUUGAUGAAAUGAAGUGUUUUAAAGUAAGUGAAAAAAAAAGUGUUAAAGAAAUUCAGUAUGGAAAAAAAAACCAGUGAAAUUAAAAAAAAAAUCUCUGCAAAAAAUGUCAGUGUCAAAUAAAAUUCAGUGCAAAAAAAUGACCCACUUCCAAUAAAUUAAGAGUGCACUGAAUUAUUUUUUGUCAGUUUUAAACACAUUUUGCUCACACGUGUAAUUGAGUGAAAUUGUCAGCUAAAUGUGAUGUUUGACAAAGAAGUGUUGGUAGUAAAGACUGAAAUGAAAGCUUGGCCACUCCUAAUUAGAGCGGCCCGGGAGGUCAUGUGACCAGGAAGAACAUGGAAAGGAAACUUCUUCUUCACAAGUUGAAAUGGAUCAAACAUCUCCAUCACUUUUUGUCUUCUCACUCAGUUUUACUCAGAAAACUGGCCAAAAGGAACCAGAAAGCUGCCGUUUUAAGUUUAAACUGACAUUUCUCUAAAAUUAUCAAUCCAUUUAAUACCGUUUGUCCCGUUCUAAAUCUUUGUUAUGAAUUAUUGAGCUAAUCAAGGCUCACAUGACUUCACAUCUAAUUUACACUUUGAAUUAUUUUUGGGCCAAAAUAUUGCAUAUUUUGUGUGUUUGUUAUUAAAAAAAACGAAAAAAAAAUAGGUGAUCUGAAGUUGAUCUAAAAAUAAAGAAUAAAACAUACAAAUUGUAAGACUUAAGAGUGGGACCCUUUUGGAUCCCCAAGAAUGUUAGUGUCAUUUUUUUUUUUUUUACGGUCAAAUUUUCUUUGGAAAAAGGGCAUAAAACAAAAAAAUAAUACAUUUGAAGUUGAUUUAAAUGAUAAAAGUAACCCAAAAAAAUGAAUGACUUAUAUUAUAGGAUCCCCAAAAAUCUUAGUGUGAUUUUAUUUUAAUUUUUUUAAACUGUCAUUGCCCAAAAAAUAAUAAUGAAUUAAAAUCAAUGUUAUGAAUUAUUGACAUAUUUAAGGCUCCAAUGACUUCACAUUAAAUAUACACUUUGAUAUAUUUUUGGGCUAAAAUGUUGCAUAUUUUGUGUUUGCUAUAAAAAAAACUAUCUAUGAAAAAAAUAGAUCUGAAGAUGUAAAAAAAAAAAAAAAAGAACUUAAAAGACAAAAAAUUUGAAAGACUUAUAUGUAAGACUUUUAAGAGCGGGACCCUUUUGGAUCCCCAAGAAUGUUAGUGUGAUAUUUUAUUUUUUUACGGUGAAGUUUUCUUUGACAAAAAGAGCAUAAAACAAAAACAUAAAAAAAUAAUACAUUUGAAGUUGAUUUAAAUGAUAAAAGUAACCCCAAAAAAUGAAUGACUUAUAUUAUUGGAUCCCCAAAAAUCUUAGUGUGAUUUUAUUUAUUUUUUUAAACUGUCAUUGCCCAAAAAAUAAUAAUGAAUCAAAAUCAAUGUUAUGAAUUAUUGAGCUAAUUAAGGCUCCAAUGACUUCACAUCAAAUAUACACUUUGAUAUAUUUUUGGCCUAAAAUGUUGCAUAUUUUGUGUUUGCUAUGAAAAAAAACUAUCUAUGAAAAAAAUAGAUCUGAAGAUGUGAAAAAAAAUGAACGUAAAAGACAAACAAUUUGAAAGACUUAUAUGUAAGACUUUUAAGAGCGGGACCCUUUUGGAUCCCCAAGAAUGUUAGUGUGAUAUUUUAUUUUUUUACGGUGAAGUUUUCUUUGACAAAAAGGGCAUAAAACAAAAACAUAAAAAAAUAAUACAUUUGAAGUUUAUUUAAAUGAUAAAAGCAACCCAAAAAAAUGAAUGACUUACAUUCUUGGAUCCACAAAAAUCUUAGUGUGAUAUUAUUUUAAUUUUUUUAAACUGUCAUUGCUCAAAAAAUAAUAAUGAAUCAAAAUCAAUGUUAUGAAUUAUUGACAUAUUUAAGGCUCCAAUGACUUCACAUCAAAUAUACACUUUGGAAUAUUUUUUGGCUAAAAUGUUGCAUAUUUUGUGUUUGCUAUAAAAAAAAAAAGUUUUCUUUCACAAAAAGGGCAUAGAACAUAAAAAAAUAAAUCUGAAGUUGGUUUAAAGAUUUAAAUGAUAAAAGUUUAAGAUUUUUGGGGAUCCAAGAACAUAAGUCAUUCUUUUUUUUUUUACUUUUAUCAUUUAAAUCUUUAAAUCCACGACAGAUUCAUUGUUUUUUUAUGUUUUUGUUUUAUGCCCUUUUUGUCAAAGAAAAUUUGACCGUAAAAAAAAAAAAAAAAAAUCACACUAACAUUCUUGGGGAUCCAAAAGGGUCCCACUCUUAAAAGUUAAAUAUAAGUCAUACACAUUUUAUGUUUUAUUUUGUUUGUUUUUACGUUAAUUUUUUACAUCUUCAGAUCAACUGCAGAUCUAUUGUUUUUUUUUUAUAACAAAUACACAAAAUAUGCAUUUUAGCCCAAAAAAUGUUAAAAUGUAAUUUUUACUGUGAAGUAAGUGUAGCCUUAAAUAUGUCAAUAAUUCAUAACAUUGAUUUGAUUCAUUAUUAUUUCAAAGCAAUGACAGUUCAAGAAAAUAAAUAAAAUCAGAUUUUGGGGGAUCCAAGAAUAGAAGUCGUUUUUAUUUAUUUUUCUUAACUUUUAUCAUUUACAUUUUUUUUAUGUUUAUGACCUUUUUGUCAAAGAUUUUUUUUUUUAGGCAAAAACACAAAAUAUGAAAUAUUUUGGCCCCAAAAAAAAUUAAUAAAAAAAAUACACUUUUUGGGGGGGCCAAAAUAUUGCAUAUUUUGUGUAUUUGCCGUACAAAAAAAUAUAUUUGACAAAUAUGUUAAUAAUGCAUAACAUUGAUUUGAUUCAUUAUUAUUUUCGGAGCAAUGACAGUUCAAGAAAAUAAAUAAAAUCACACUAAGAUUUUUGGGGAUCCAAGAAUAGAAGUCAUUUAUAUUUAUUUUUCUUAACUUUUAUCAUUUACAUUUUUAAAUCAACUUCAGAUUUUUUUGGGUUAUGUUUAUGCCCUUUUUGUCAAAGAUUUUUUUUUUUCCUGGCAAAAACACAAAAUAUACAAUAUUUGGGCCCAAAAAAAACAACAAAAAAACACUUUUUUGGGGGGCCAAAAUAUUGCAUAUUUUGUGUAUUUGCCGUAAAAAAAAUUAUUUGACAAAUAGGUCAAUAAUUCAUAACAUAGUUUUUUAUUCAUUAUUAUUUUUGGAGCAAUGACGGUUUAAAAAAAUAAAUAAAAUUACACUAAAAUUUUGGGGGAUCCAAGAAUAUACAGUCUUCAUUUUUUAGUGUGAUUUUAUUUAUUUUUUAAACUGUCAUUGCUCAAAAAAUAAUAAUGAAUCAAAAUCAAUGUUAUGAAUUAUUGACAUAUUUAAGGCUCCAAUGACUUCAUUUUAAAUAUUACACUUUGGCAUAUUUUUUGCCUAAAAUAUUGCAUAUUUUGUGUAUUUUCCAUAAUAACACCAUAUGAAAAAAAAAUAGAUCUGAAGCAAACCCGCGAUGUAAAGUUGUAAAAAGAUCCACAUGACCUUCCAGGCUGCGCUCCUUUCACACAAAGUAAUACAAUGGCUGUAUUCGUGUUAACUGACCUUUGAAACAGAACUGGAGGGGAAGCUGAGGUUGCAGUGAGGUUCUGCAACAAGACUUUGAAUUUAUUUCUACUGCCUGAAAAGCUGCCUUUUUGCCCGACAUGUUCUGUGUAAAAACGUGUGUCGGAAGCCUCUUAACACUGCCUGCAAAAAAAAAACAUGUUCUGCCUUUCUGCUCUGUAGUCGACAAAGACGACCCGGCAGUUUUCCACCUUUUGGAGCUGCUAUCAGAGCCCACUUGUACUCUGCAGGUUAAAACUGUCCUUGGUGUUCUGUGUAAAAGACAGAAGUCGGACAUGUAUUUGCUCAUUCUAGCACCAGAAGCCCUUUUACACAGGAGGUACUAUCUCAUCUCAGACCCUUUUCCACCGCCGAGGAGGGCUGCCAUUAUUCCUGCUUUGUUCUGACGUAUUCUGUGUAAACAGCAUUGAGGUACAUUUACCGGGCAACUUUCCAACUUCUCUUUUUUUUUUUUUUUUUUAUCAGAAUCCCUUUUUACACAGGGUUUUUAAAGUGUAGCUGUUCUGUGUAAAAGGCAUGACAAAAAGUAAAAGCGAGGAUUAUUACACCUUUUUCACUGCCUGUAAAAGCUGCCAUUUUUCUGCCAUUCCCCGUGUUGAUGCUCUGUGUGAACGGCACUGACUCGGAACCAAACCCGGCUUUUUUCCACCUUUUUUUUUUUAAACCAACUCUAAACCUUUUUCCACACUUUGGAACAUUCCACAUACUUUCUACCUUUUUUUCCACUGCCUGUAAAAGCUGCCAUUUUUCUGCCAUUCCCUGUGUUGAUGCUCUGUGUGAACGGCACUGACUCGGAACCAAAUCCGUUUUUUUCCACCUUUUUUUUGACACCAACUGUAAACCCUUUUCCACACUUUUGAACGUUCCACAUAGUUUCUACCUUUUUUCCCCCCACUGCCUGUAAAAGCUGCCAUUCCCUGUGUUGAUGUUCUGUGUGAACGGCACUGAUUUGGAACCAAACCCGGCUUUUUUCAACCUUUUUUUUUUUUGUACAUCAACUGUAAACCCUUUUCCACACUUUGAAACAUUCCACAUAGUUUCUACCUUUUUUUUCCACUGCCUGUAUAAACUGCCAUUUUUCCACCAUUCCCCAUGUUGAUGUUCUGUGUGAACAGCACUGACUUGGAACCAAACCUGGCAUUUUUCCACCUUUUUUUUUUGACACCAACUGUAAACCUUUUCCCACACUUUGGAACAUUCCACAUACUUUCUGUGUGAAAGUACACAAUAUUACUCUAAUGCUCCAUGUUUGUGUGAAAGGGGCUUAUAUCCCGCAUCCUUAAGAGUUUACAGGACGCUAAUUCUGGAUUUGGGGAGGGUUAAGAAGUCCUUAGCACCCAAGUGUCCAUUCGGGCUUUUAGCGUGUAGCUUAGCGGGCUAGCCCCGCACACACUGCCUUUACAACAAAAAAGCGACAGCAAGAAGCUAACGAGCUAAAGGACUUCCACUUGCUGAUCUGUGUGAAAGGUUUGGGCGAUACCAAGUCAUUUCAGGGACAGUAUCGCCUGCGAUUAAGUGACGACCAGCAAAUCAAAGUUAUUGAUCAGGUUUGCGAUCAAGACAUGUUUGAUUGCCUAAAAUCUUCAACAGUAUCAGACAAAAUUCUUCAAUAUUUCAAUCGUUUGAGUAAAAUAAAAUCCAUCGUGUGCAAAAAGAAGAAGUACUUUUGGCAGAGAAACUAUUUUUGUUGUCAGUAUUUCACAAAGAGUCAGCAAGUGGAAAAUAUUUCAUGUUUUUUAUUUAUGAUUGUUUUCAGUCCCAGGUAUCACCGACGUCCGUAUCGCCAUGCAGUGUCACAUGACACAGAGGAUGUAAACAGCAGGGACUUCAGUCACUUUUCUACUUUGUCAAUCAUGUGCAAACAAUAAAACUUUUGGAGUAA